UCUCCGUUUUGGUUUUGUGGCGGGGAGGAAGGAGGGGGGUGUUGCCGGGAGAUGAGUGUUGCGAGGAUCGAAAGAAUGUUUUGGGGUUAGCAUGAUGGAGGGCGAGUAUAGGAUGCAACUCUGGCUUGGGGGUUAGGGGUUGGAACGGGGUGAAGACCCAGAUGGGACUGGAGUCUACUGGGUGCUGUGUAUGUGUUUUGGGAGGCGGGGGUCUGUGCAAGGUGGAAGCCUCAGAGUUCAUUAGGAGGCUGGCUAGAGUUCAGUCUCCCAGGGUCCCUUAGUUGGCACAGGGCACCCAGGACUUAGUUGCUGAUGGGGGUCUCAGUACAGUGUGGGGAAAGGGGCACAGAGUUUUGGGCUGCUGGGAUCUGACUCCUUCCAGGAUUGGAUUUCCAAAAGGGUCUCCUCCUCCUCAGCUUGUCAGCUCACUCCUAUACCCCUAGUUGUUUUCUUAACACUUAUUCUUCAUGCUGUGGGAUAGUUUCUAGGGUUCCCCAGUUGGAAAGUUUCUGCCUGAACUAUCUUAGGAGAGGUCUGGAUUGUCCAAGCAAAUGGCUUAACAUUGGUGACUGAGCUGUGGAGGGGGUGCUGGUGUGUGUUGGAAUAAAAGAGGCUGCUUACGGCAGAGCACAGUCUCUGGAAGCAUAGGGAAGAUUGUUUUUUAAUGUAGCUUGAAUCUGUAUGUGUGUGUGAGAGAGAGAAAGAGAGCGGUGGAAAGCUUGGUCCUUGGGGAUCCUUGAUUGAGAGAGAGAGAGAUGAAAAGCUUGGUCCUUGGGGAUCCUUGAUUGAAGUUGCUGAUGUUGGGGUCUCUGGUGGGCUACCACCUAAGAGGAUCCCCCUCUCCAGUCUCUGUCGGAUCAGACAGGUAGGGUGCAGCCUGAGGCUUGUUUAGCACAACAGGUGCAAACCACAUUGUUGCCAAGACCUGCCUGAAGCCGGAUUCUCCUUGCUCCUUCCUUCAACCCCGCCUCUUCCUUCUCCUUGUGUCCCUGCCAAAGGCUAGAUGGAGGUCCAUAUCUUGUGUCAUUAAGUACCUGUAUGAAGGCAGGAGUGGGGGUAGUUUGUGCGGGUUGAUCCGGAUGUGGGACUUCCAAGUGGAGAAACGGGAUUUGAAUAAGUCUGGAAUGCCCAGCCCAGUCCUGCGUAGCUGCUGGCUCUUUUACUCCACCCCAAAGCCUUCCCUGCCAGGCUGUCAUAGCGCAAACAGACGGGGCCAGCCUUAUCGCUUGCAGGUACUUUAUGCCUGUGGAUGGGCGCCACUGGUUGGUGGGGCCAAAGUUUCUAGGGGCUCUGUUGUCUGGGUUGGUUGUGGGAGUGUCAGGACAGGGGUGGAGCUGCCCUGUCCAGGGCCCAAGGAGGCGGGAGAAAGCCUAUUACGGGAGAAUUCCCCAGGCUCUUGGCCGGGAGGUAAUGUCAGCUUUUGCCCCCUCCUGCUGUCCCCCUUGAUUAUGGCACUCCCUGUUUCAGCUUGCUUUUUUCCCCAGCCUCCCUCCCUGACUGGUGAGGCCAGGGUCACGGAGACCCAGGGCAAGAAGGUAGGAUGAGAGCCUCCUCUCUACGUUAACUUUUGACUUGUCUGUGAACUUAAAGGUCCCCCCAAAUGAUUUUCUCUGCUCCUUCAGAUUCCUCUGGAUUUGAGGGAGUGUAAGCCCCCUUUGCCUGAGCUCCUGGGUUCUUCAGGGCACAGAACUCUUUAGUGGAGGGACCCAGACUUCCAUCACCCCCAGCAGGCUUAUCCUCUGCCCUACAUAGCCAUCUCAGGUAGUCUGCUGGACUCUUGAGUGCUCUCGUUAAAAUAAUAGGGGGAGAUGCUGCAGGAAUAGCAGAGAAGUUCCCUUUCAGGACUUCAAGUCCAGGGGCUGCUCUCCUCACCACACUCCCCCCUCCAGCAUAUGGCCUUUAAAGGUGUGAAGCCCUGUUACCUGAUCCCUUGGGGUACUGGGGAAGGAGGUCGGGCUCCUUUCCUCUUUGCUUCUGGGAGCAUCCCAGGCAGUGUAGAGUGGGUGCCCAUCCCCAGAUGGCAGGACUGGGGUGCGCGUGGGAUCUACAGCCUUUGCUCAGUAUGUAGGGUGAGGGUGGGGUUGGGGAUGGGGGUAGGGCCAGGCUAAUUGCUGUCUAGGCUGCUUUCAUAGGCAGCUGGGCCUUCACUCCCAGCUCCUCUUCCACUUGCAGGAUGUUGUUCUUCAGCUCAGGCACUGUGAGGGGAGGAGAGGAGGGGGUUUUGCAGAGACUGAGCCAUGCCUGGGAAUAUUCCCAGAAGUGCCAGGUUGGAGGAACGGCGUAUCUGCUCCCUGGACUGGGCUCCGGCUUUGCCUGGCUGCCUCUCCCACCCACCCUUCUCCCAGCCCCCACUCGCGCCUUACCCAGUUAGGGAGAGGCAGGGGGCUGGACGAACACAGCUUUCCCCUGUUCCAGCAGAGAAAUGCUGGCUACAUGCCCUCCCUAGGGUUCCCAGGCUGCCCGGGGUGUGGCUGGCCUUCCGACUUGAGCCCACUCUUGCUGGGACCUUGCCCAGGGACUUUGUGACAUGGAUGCUGAGAUGGUACACUGGCCAGGUGCCAGGAUUCCUGGGUACUGUGGUGGGCCGUGGACCUAAUGCCUCAAUGUCUCAUGUCUGGCUGGGAGUCCUGCCACCUGGCCGCUCAGGGUCCUAUACUUAGAGGUCAGGCUUCAGGCCUCCCUUAAUGAUUUCUCCCUGCCCCCCGCUUUGGUCUCUUCCCUCUCCAGAGAUGCCCUGUAUCCAAGCCCAGUAUGGGACACCAGCACCAAGCCCAGGACCCCGUGACCACCUGGCCGGCGACCUCCUGACCCCUGAGCUCAGCAAGCCCGCCAUGGACCUGGCCAGCCCCGAGGCGGCCCCCGCUGUCCCUACCGCCUUGCCCAGCUUCAGCACCUUCAUGGACGGCUACACAGGGGAGUUUGACACCUUCCUCUACCAGCUGCCGGGCACGGCCCAGCCGUGCUCCUCGGCCUCCUCCUCGGCCUCCUCCACGUCCUCAUCGUCAGCCACCUCCCCAGCCUCUGCUUCCUUCAAGUUCGAGGACUUCCAGGUGUACGGCUGCUACCCGGGCACGCUGAGUGGCCCUCUGGACGAGACCCUGUCCUCCAGCGGCUCUGACUACUAUGGCAGUCCCUGCUCAGCGCCGUCGCCAUCCACGCCCAGCUUCCAGCCACCCCAGCUCUCUCCCUGGGAUGGCUCCUUCGGCCCCUUCUCGCCCAGUCAGACUUACGAAGGCCUGCGGGCAUGGACAGAGCAGCUGCCCAAGGCUCCUGGGCCCCCCCAGCCGCCGGCCUUCUUCUCCUUCAGCCCUCCCCCCGGCCCCAGUCCCAGCCUGGCCCCAAGCCCCCUGAAGCUGUUCCCCUCGCAGGCCGCCCACCAGCUGGGGGAGGGAGAGAGCUAUUCCAUGCCAACAGCGUUCCCAGGCCUGGUGCCCACUUCUCCCCACCUUGAUGGCUCCGGGAGGCUCGACGCGCCCGUGACCUCUGCCAAGGCCCGGAGUGGGGCUCCGGGUGGAGGCGAGGGCCGCUGUGCUGUGUGUGGGGACAAUGCUUCCUGCCAGCAUUAUGGUGUCCGCACCUGUGAGGGCUGCAAAGGCUUCUUCAAGCGCACAGUGCAGAAAAAUGCCAAGUACAUCUGCCUGGCUAACAAGGACUGCCCUGUGGACAAGAGGCGGCGAAACCGCUGCCAGUUCUGCCGCUUCCAGAAGUGCCUGGCCGUGGGCAUGGUGAAGGAAGUUGUCCGGACAGACAGCCUGAAAGGAAGGCGGGGUCGGCUCCCUUCAAAGCCCAAGCAGCCCCCAGAAACCUCCCCAGCCCACCUACUCACCUCCCUGGUCCGGGCGCACCUGGACUCGGGGCCCAGCACUUCUAAACUGGACUACUCCAAGUUCCAGGAGCUGGCGCUGCCCCACUUCGGGAAAGAGGAUGCCGGGGAUGUGCAGCAGUUCUACGACCUGCUCUCGGGUUCCCUGGAGGUGAUCCGCAAGUGGGCCGAGAAGAUCCCCGGCUUUGCCGAGCUGUCUCCUGGAGACCAGGACCUGCUGCUGGAGUCUGCCUUUCUGGAGCUCUUUAUUCUCCGUCUGGCCUACCGGUCUAAACCAGCCGAGGGGAAGCUCAUCUUCUGCUCAGGCCUGGUGCUGCACCGCCUGCAAUGCGCCCGUGGCUUCGGGGACUGGAUCGACAGCAUCCUGGCCUUCUCUCGCUCCCUGCACAGCUUGGUGGUCGACAUCCCUGCCUUCGCCUGCCUCUCUGCGCUUGUCCUCAUCACAGACCGGCACGGGCUGCAGGAGCCUCGCCGGGUAGAGGAGCUGCAGAACCGCAUCGCCAGCUGCCUGAAGGAGCACGUCUCGGCCGAGGCGGGCGAGCCCCAGCCGGCCAGCUGCCUGUCGCGCCUGCUGGGCAAGCUGCCUGAGCUGCGGACCCUGUGCACCCAGGGCUUGCAGCGCAUCUUCUACCUCAAGCUGGAGGACCUGGUGCCCCCUCCACCCAUCGUCGACAAGAUCUUUAUGGACACGCUGCCCUUCUGACCCUGGCCCGGGAACAUGCGUGCACUCAGUGUGCACGCUCAUAAUGCCACCCCACGUGCCUUUAGCCCAUGGCCCACGGACCCCCGGAGCAUCACCCCGGCCUGGGCCUGAGCUGCAGACUGGCUGCCCCUCCCCCUUGUUGUCUGGGAGGUCAGCGGGGAGCUCAUGCCCUGGGGGAGAGGGAUGCAUUCACAGGGGUGACCCUUACUAUUUGUCUUACCCCCCAGCCCAGCCCUGGUCUUCAUGUUUUUGUAAGAUAAACCGUUUUUAACACACACACCGCCAUGCUGUAAAUAAGCCGAAUGCUGCUGUAAAUACAGGAAGGAAGAGGUUGAGGUGGGAGUGGGGGUUGGGAGGGAGGAAUGGGCCCCCACCAGCCACCUCCUACUUAACUCUCUUGCCACCCUCCUUCCACAUGUACAUAGACUCACUCUAGGAGGAAGACAGAUGACAGAUUCUGACAUUUAUAUUUGUGUAUUUUCCUGGAUUUAUAGUAUGUGACUUUUCUGAUUAAUAUAUUUAAUAUAUUGAAUAAAAAAUAGACAUGUAGCUGAAGCUGA